UACCUGCGCGCGGACACGGCACGCCGGCUGCGGGGACUCUCGCUCGACCUCUGCGUCCAGCUCAGCUCCGAGCUACUCAGCCAGCAGCUGGCCGACCAGUGCAUCAAGAACCUGGUGUGGGUGGCGAAGGUGCUGAUCUGCGCCGGCGCGCUGGACCCCGCUCCCCCGGCUGACACCGGCGGCAAGAGGCCGCGUCGGGACUCAGACGCCGGCGGCAAGCGGGCCCGCCGCGACCACGGAACGUCGGGCCGAAAACGCGCCGACUCGGAGACCUCGCCCGGGGGGAAACGCACCGGCUCGGAGGCCUCGCCCGGUCGGAAACACACCGACUCGCAGCCUGAGGGCGGGCGGCGGAAGCGGACCAGGCUCGGAGACCAACGGCGUCCCGGAAGCGGUCCGACUCCGAGACCGGCGCCGGGCGGAAACGGACCGAGUCCGAGUCGAGUCAGCCUGACGCGGAGUCGGGGCUGAGUCUGCGCUGGCUGACCCGCCGCCUGCGGCGGGAGGUGAACGCCGAGGUGGUCAAGAGUCCACGCAUCACAAUCCGGCGCUCCAGCGUGUUCAAGUGGAUGGCGGCCGUGUCGAUGUCGCUGGAAGAUCAGCUGGCCGCCUUCCUGCACCUGCUGCUGCCGCCGCUGGUGCGCGAGGUCAACGAUCCGACGGCACCGCUGGCGCUGAAGACGCUGGCCACGGAGGUGACGGACCUGAUGAAGCGCUCGGUCGGCGUCGAGACGUUCACGGCCGCCUACACGCGCGCUCAGCAGGUGCUCAGCCAGCGCAAGGUGGAGCGGCGCGUGCAGCGCGCCCAGGAGCUUCUCACCAACCCCGUGAAGACGGCCCGCGUGAAAAUACAGAAACACAUGAAGAAGCGCACUGCAAAGAAGAGGAGACUGAUGCAGGACAAACAGGUCGGGUUCAAGCGAAGAAAAGCGUCGUGAUGGCUGGUUGUGGCGCGGUCACGUGGGUACUGUUGCGUGGUGUGGCGACAUGGGUGAAAUAAAUGCUCUC